AUGUCAAUGGACAUUGACGCUCCGGUGGCCAUACCAUCAGGGCAGCAACGACAAGCAGCAACGAUCUUGUGCUGUAACUGUGGUGCACCAAUCGACGGAACAGCCGCGGCAGGCGCCCUCUGUUUCGACUGUGUAAAAUUGACAGUCGAUGCUUCGGAAGGCAUUCAGAGGGAAGGAACACUUCUCUGCUGCAAAGACUGCGAACGAUGGCUCAGCCCGCCAUCACAAUGGGUCACAGCCGCUCCCGAAUCUAGAGAACUUCUCGCACUGUGUUUGAAGAAAUUGAGAGGAUUGAGCAAAGUCAGAAUCAUCGAUGCCAGCUUUCUGUGGACCGAACCACAUUCAAAGCGGAUCAAAGUCAAGAUCACCGUUCAGCAGGAGGCUUUCGAGGGUGCCAUUAUUCAGCAAACUUUCGAGGUUGAGUACGUUGUCGCUGGUCAGCAGUGUCCAGAUUGUGCAAAGUCAUACACUGCCAAUGUAUGGCGAGCGUCUGUCCAAGUACGUCAGAAAGUUCCUCAUAAACGAACUUUCCUGUACCUUGAACAGUUGAUGCUCAAGCACGGCGCCCAUAAGGACACGAUCAACAUCAAGGAAGUCAAGGAUGGCCUGGACUUCUACUUCUCCCAACGAAAUCAUGCAGAGAAAUUUGUUGAUUUCCUGACAUCGGUCACACCCGUUAGAGUGAAAAAGUCGCAAGAAUUAAUCUCGAUGGACAUCCAUACAUCAACCAAGUCUUACAAGUUCACAUACUCUUGCGAACUCGUGCCGAUAUGCAAGGACGACCUUGUCGCAUUACCAGUCAAGUUAGCCAAGUCGAUCGGCAACAUUUUUCCUCUCGCUCUUUGCUACAGAGUUGGCACGUCGAUCAAUGUCAUCGAUCCCAACACUCUGCAGACUGCAGAUCUACCGACAAACAUCUACUGGCGCGCUCCCUUCAAGAAUCUCGCAGAUGUACGGGAGUUGGUUGAGUUCAUUGUGAUGGACAUUGAACCCACUGGUCAACAAAACGGGCGCUUCUUCAUGGCAGAGGUAACAGUGGCCAAGGCUUCUGAUCUUGGAUCGAACGAUCGAACAUACUUCUGCCGAACUCACCUUGGGGGCGUUUUGCAUGCUGGUGACUCGGUCAUGGGAUAUGAUUUGAGCGGCACGAAUUUCAACAGUCCGCAGUUUGAGGAUAUCGAGAACAGCUCUCUUGCAUCUCGGGUACCGGAUGUCGUAUUAGUCAAGAAGCACUAUGCCAGAAAGAAGAAGCCGAAGAGGAACUGGCGGCUCAAGAGGAUGGAGAAGGAUGAGGGAGAGCUUUUGCCGAAGAAAGCCGACCAGGAGAAGCUGGACGCCGACUACGAAAUGUUCUUGCGCGACGUGGAGGAGGAUGAGGAGCUACGCAAUACAUUGGCUUUGUACAAGGCGCGGCAGCAGGCGAAGGAGGCGGAUGCCAUGAGCAUGACGGAGACGGAGGCGGACCAAGACGAUGAGGUGCCCAAGAUCAACAUGGAGGAGCUCCUUGAUGAUUUUGAGGACUUGCACGUGAAAGACUGA